AGAUAUCACAUCAUGGUUUGUCUGUAAGAAAAGCUACUGGUACAGAGAUACAGAGGUAGAGAUAACAAAAGGGUUAGAUGACAAAGGGUUUAGGAUUGUCAGAGACGUAGAACGUCUAUCUCUUGGCACACUUGUACAGUGAAUCUGCUCUGAAUGUACUCACGAGCACGAGUGUCAUGGAGGAAUCAGAGAUCACAGUGAAGGGAUAUAAGGGAAGAUAAAGGAUAUAAAGUCUGAGAGAGUGAGACAGAGACGAUGGCACGUUGACCCUGUUUAUAGUGAGCAGAGGACACGUUAUUCGCUACGGUUCAGUAGUGUGUCAAGCAAGUUCAAGAACUUUCUGGGCGUUUGUAAAGAAGCAUGGCAUCCUGGCUCACCUGGACGCUCUGUGAGUUUAUAUGGAAUUGAUCCCACUGUCAUGGAUUUACACUGGGCACUCGUGUGUGUGGCAGUGCUACUCAGUGUUUAUGUGAGGUCUGAGAGGUCAGAGAUGGACGCAAACCGGGAUCAGGCAAGCCGACUCAGACACAUGUGGCUGCUGUCAAUCAAAGAAUCAAACAUGAGGCAGGACGCAUUUUCAACAGAUGUUUAUUCAGUCGGAAAGGGCAAAACGUAUCAGCUCCUGUAUUGCCGUGUCGGGAUUGGUUAUCAUCUACAGAUCCAGCCCAAUGGGACUGUAAGGGGUGUGCAUGAGCCGACUGAGCACAGUUGGUUGAAGGUGUUUGCAGUGAAGCCUGGAGUAGUGGGCAUUCAUGCCGUGAAGAGCAAACUGUAUUUAUGUAUGAAUAAUGACGGGGUUGCACAAGGAAAGACAAAGUUCUCAGCAGACUGUCUAUUUAAGGAGCACCUAGAGGAGAACCACUACACGACAUAUUCAUCUGCAGCUCAUCCAGGCCUAUACCUGGCCCUGUCGCACCGAGGACAUCUCAGGAGAGGUGACUCGGUGGGUCCGCACCAUGCCAGCAGCCACUUCCUGCCACGCAAAGUCACAGUGAGCUAAACAACAUCAGCAUUUAAACAUCAGCCAUACCACUCCACAGACACCACAGCUUUGGUUAUGAAAUUUCAUGGACUGUUUGAACAGAAGAAAUACUUCCUCUGCGGUAGCAAACAGAUGCAAGAGUUCCUGUGAAAUCCAACAGGCUGAAUAAACCACUGUUUAAGACGGAUACAGUACAUGCACUGUUUCAGGGUUCUUUGUAAAAUUUCCUCUUUAGGUUUAUUGAUGGAUUGCUGGUAUACGCUUGAAGUGUAUACACCACCUAGAGUACCAAUGUCCUAAGCGAUUUAGGAUAUUCUGACAAUGAAAUUAUUGAGAGAAAUGAGACUUCUGUACAAGCCCAUUCAGAAAAACUGCUACAAUGGACAGAGAAAUGGCUAUAAUGGAAAGAAAACUGGCCGCAGUGGACAAAGGACUGUACGUCUGCACAGGGCAUACAGAUUAAGGGACUUUUAGAUUUCACUGGGGUGGAACAGGGUUCAAGACAAGUAAGUGAAGUGCAACCUUACUCUUAUUUAUAGCCUUAUCUUAUACAUUAAUACAUUUUAUAUAUAUAUAUAUACACCAAAAUAUGGUACAUACAAACAAAGAAAAAAUAGUCCUCUUACUUGACAUGGAGUUUUAAGAGGAAAUAAUAAGCAGCUUGGGACUUUGCAUUAGACUCCAAAUUCCCCCUUCACCUACGAUCAGGAACUCGGCAAGUCCAGGACUACAUAUACACACACACACACACACACACAAACAUACACAGAUGUUUGUUGCCAAGAGACGGACUGGUGUCCCAUCCAGGGUACAUUCUCACCGCAUACCCAGUGUUUCGAGGAUAGGCUCUGGGUCCACUACGACCCUGUGCAGGAUAAAGCACUUAGUUACGAUGAAUGAAUGUUAGCUGUGAAUGUAAAUAUAAACUUGGGACACUAUUUAUUUGUAGAGAUUGUGCAUUACUGCUGGUAUUUAAUAUGAAUAUUAUGCACGUAUUUAUAUAUGCAUACUUUUAUAUCAUGUAAAUAAAUGUGAAUAUAAAUGUUUUAUAUGUAAUGGUCCAUGCUCCUUUUGAGGGAUU